GUCCCUGAAGCAGUGCACGUGGUCGGCAAGCGCGGAGGCGCUUCCUGGCGUCCCGGGAGAGAGCCCGGCUGAUGAAAGACCUCUCCCAGCUCGCCUUCACCGCGUGCGGGGAGAAGGCUUCUCUGCUGGCCCCGAGGCAAGCGGCUCCUACCGGAUUCGUGUGUCAUCCCAGGGACUUAGGCAUGAUUUGCCUCGGCGAGGGGCAAGUGAAGCUGAGCUGGCUGUUCCAGAAUGAACCACAGCCCUGAGAAGGGGAAGUAGCUGGUUCUCUGCUAUGGCCUGUGAACCGCAGAUGGACCCCGGCAGGGCAGCCAGCCCCUUGCCCACCUCCUCCCCUGGCUGGAGUGCCCUGCCCGUGGGGAGCCCUCCUGGCUGGGGGCAAGAGCUCUGCAAUGGCCAGGUCCUUACAGUUCUCCGGAUCGAUAAUACCUGUGCACCUAUCUCCUUUGAUCUGGGAGCCGCAGAAGAGCAGCUGCAGACCUGGGGCAUUCAGGUCCCGGCUGACCAGUACAGGAGCUUGGCUGAGAGUGCCCUCUUGGAGCCCCAAGUGAGAAGAUACAUCAUCUACAACUCCAGGCCCAUGCGGCUGGCCUUUGCUGUGGUUUUCUACGUGGUGGUGUGGGCCAACAUCUACUCCACCAGCCAGCUGUUUGCCCCGGGGAACCACUGGGUGGGUGUGCUGCUCGUGACCCUGGCUGCGAUGAGCCUGACCCUGACUCUCAUGCUCAUCUUCGAGAGACACCAGAGGAAGCAAAGCCUACCAUUGAAUGAGCACCCGCUAUGUGCUCUGACUUUGGAACCUGAUAUCCAUGUCCAACAACAGCCUGACAAGGAGGCAGGAUACCUGUGCCGUCUGCUAGCUCUGCAACCUGGGGCCAACACCAACACGGACCUAAGGCUGACGGCUGCCAACGAAGCCCUGCUGCGGCACCGGGUGCUGUUGGGGGUGACGGACACGGUGGAAGGCUGCCAGAGCGUGAUUCAGCUCUGGUUUGUCUACUUUGACCUGGAGAACUGUGUGCAGUUUUUGUCUGAACAUAUUCGAGAAAUGAAGACUAGCCAAGAGUCCUUGCUGAAAAGCAGAUUGAGCCAGCUCUGUGUUGUCAUGGAGACUGGGGUGAGCCCCACACCGCCGCUGGAGGGGCCUGAGAACCUGUUGGAGGACACUCCUCUCCUGCCCAGCAGCCCUCAUCCCGCAGACAGGCCGCUCAUGCAGACCGAGCUUCACCAGCUUGUUCCUGAGGCGGAGCCGGAGGAAAUGGCCCAGCAGUUGCUGGCUGUGUUUGGUGGCUACUACAUCCGGCUCCUGGUGACCUCCCAGCUCCCCCAGGCCAUGGGGACACGACACACAGACUCUCCAAAGGUCCCAUGCCCCUGCCAACUCAUAGAAGCCUACAUCCUGGGCAACGGGUGCUGCCCGUUCCUGGCCAGGUGACGUAGGGACGAAGGUACUCAUCUUCCUCCAAGACGGAAGGUGAGAAGUCAGCGAGGCCUCAGGGGCCCAUGGUGGCCGAUGGAGAGCCCGAGGUGAGGAGAGAAGCAUCUGGGGCACUCUGAAAGGUGUCAGUCAUGCCAGCGAGGGGGUGUCAUGCUCACUCCAGGACCCUGCACAAAAUUGGCUAUUGACAUCCCAUGAUGACUCUAGUCCUUCUCUGAAGCCGUGGUUGCCAAGCUGGGCCAGCUACAAACUACUCUCUAUGCUGCUUGGAACUAUGGGCCUGGACGGAAGGGCCACUCUGUCAGCCCUCCCGGAGGAGAGCCCCUCAAAUGUGAAGAUGACCAGACUGGGCCAGACGUGUCCACAGUCUGGUCUCAGAUGGUGCGCCCACCUCCAGCCCCUCGUGUCGGCUGGGGAAACGGAGGCCCUGGGAGGACGCUGCCUGUGCGGCAUGGCCUUGGGCCUCUGCAGUGACAAGCCUGCCUCUUCCCAGUCUGAACAAAUGAAGUGAAUUCUCAGAAUGUUCUCCUUUUUACAGCUUUCUCUUCUGAUUCUUAAGGGAAAACAGAGGUACCUGUGCUUGCUGUCCGCUUGUACACAGGCUUCCAGGGGACAGAGGAAGGAAAGCAAUGACACAUGACUGUCAGUGGGACUACUUGGAGAAGACGUGUUUUGUCUGACUUGAGGACUUUCAUUCUGGAGCAUGCGUGGUUGUCGUUGUGGUUUUAUAUUGCAGAUGCGGAGUGACAGCCCUGUUUUCUGACACUGUCACUGUACUGGAGUGAGUGUCGUCUUCGUGGAGUUCCAUGAAGAGCUCAGAGGCUUCCAGGUUCUCUGCUCUUGAAUAAAUUUGAAGAUCCAUGAUUCCAUGGGCCCAAAUCCAAAAGCUCUAGCCUGGCAUUGAAAGGCUCCUCAGCCCCCUAAAUCUGCCCUUCAUCUGCAAUUUGGCUCAUCACCCACAAAAUAAAAAGUUUACAUUGAAACCUUUUACUGGACUGACAUGCCUACUAUUCUUUUUUAUCUGUUGGGCUCCUAUGCGUGCUUCAAAGCCCAGCUUUGCUUAUCCCAAUCUUAGGAAGCUGUCCAGCACAGCCAGUUCUGCUACUGUCUGCCUCCUUUAAAUUCUGAUGUAGCUGCUGCCUUUACUGAUGUUUUAUCUUAUUGAUUCUGUUUUUCUGUGCACAUGCCUAUUUUUCUAGUCAGACUAUAAACUUCUCGCAGAAAAAGACUACAUCUUAUCUUUGUACACAGCCUGGUCCUGCUAAAGAGGACUUAACUGCUUUUUCAUCUCCAUAGUAGCUUUUGCAAAUUGCUCUCUAAAAUCAUCUGAGCCUUGGCUGGUGUGGCUCAGUGGAUUGAGUGCUGGCCUGUGAACCAAAAGGUCACUGGUUCGAUUCCCAGUCAGGGCACAUGUCUGGCUUGCAGGCCAGGUCCCCAUCAGUGGAUGUAUGAGAGGCAACUGCACAUUGAAGUUUCUCUCCCUCUCUGUCUCCCUUUCCUUCUGUCUCAAAAUAAAUAAAUAAACUCUUAAAUAAACUCAGCUGAGUGAGGAGGUUGGCAUAGACCUGGGUUCUGGUCCUGAACUGUCACUCCUAGCUGUGUAACUCUGGUUGCUCCUCAGUUUAACCAUCCAUAUAAAGGGUAGAUCAGAUGACUCUUUAAUGGCCCUUCCAAAGCCAAAGUUACAGGAAUUUCUAGUGUUUUCUGCUCCAUUAUAGCCCUUGGCCUGCCUGUCUCUUAUGCCUUUAUGUACACAUAGAAAGAUUCUAUAGCCCCAUGUGGCUGAGGUGCCUCAGACCUGAUGUACCUUUGGACAGAACCCUGGCCUAGCAGGCUGGAGACCUGGAUUCUCAACCCAGAUCUGCUGCCUCCUAGCAGUGUGACCUUGGCGAGGUCACUUAACCUUUCUGAGUGUCAGUUCACUACUUUACAAAUGGGUCCAGCAAAUGUGAAGUGUUAUGAUGUGGAUGACUUAACCAUGUAAAAGGUGAGUCUGACCAUUGCUUUCUCUGGGCCAGAGAAGAGAAAUCAUUUGUAGACCAGCCCUUGGGAAUGGCUGUGUUAGGCAUUUCUCUUUAGCCAACUCUUAGGGCAGAUUAGCUCAAGGAGAAUUAUUCACGAAGGUGAUUACUGUCUGUCACCGGCCACAGAGGCAAUAUGGGCCAGGAAUAUGAUUGGUAGAAGCCCAUGGUUACCAUCCAACUGUGAAGUCCUGGCCAGUGUGGUAACAGCACAGAAGUGUGUGUUAAAGGACAGAACAGCAGAUUUCCCAUUUUAGGGCUUAAAGAGCCCUCAUGUGUUUUUUCCUCUCUUCUGUUUCUGACGCUCUCUCCCGCUGGGAGGGGCAUUCAGCUGUGCCCACCAGGUACACACCUCAGGUUUCUCAUUCAGAAAAGUCUGCCAUCUCUCUUGCCUACUUCACAGGGUGUCUGUGAAGACCAGAUUCAGCAAAUGAGCGUGCAUCCUAAGUUUGAAGGCUACACUCACGACAGCCACGGUGACGGUGAAGGUGGGGCACGGACCCGAAGUGGACGAUUGGACUCCACAGUCACAGGGAUUCCCACCCAAGCUCUGCCUCUCAGGAGCAGCGUCCCUCCCACCCUGAGGUCUCGCUCGUCCUGCGUGGAACGGGGAUUAGAGUGCCUGCCCAGCAGGUGAUGGGGGGGUAAACCGGUGUCAAAAAUGUGAAGUGCUUGCAGCUUUGCGUUGCAAGCUUGAAUAAGAGCUCAAUAAAUUGUUGCUAUUUUUCUUAAA